GCGCAAAAUAUGAGAAACGAACAUUGAGGUAGAGAUAAUCAAUAAGAAGAGUCCGUAAGAACAAUAAGGAAACAUAGGAAGGACUUGGAAAAAAUCUCCUGCGGCAAGACUUGGAACAUAUUCCAUAACUGUUCCUUCACUGGUGCUGUAACAUUUAAACUUCUCUCUCAGUUGCAUACUGAUGUUGUCAAAACUUCUACCACCUCGGCUGUACAAUAGGAAGAUGUCGAUCACUACGUAUACUUCGACUUUUGAUUCUAAUGUCAAUUAUAUGUUUGACGGUUUAUUUGGAGAGGAAAACCUUUUGCACUUUGGCCAAUGGGUGUUUAUGACCGUUUCCAGCACUGUCAUGAGCAUGCUCUGGGGAGGAACAAUCGAUGGAGGCGAAGGGGAAAGGGUUUUUCCAGAGAUCCUAGAUUUAGCAAGCAUAGGGAUGGAGCUAUUAGGCACACCAAACAUCUCCGGCUUCAUUCCACCAACUUGCCAGAUUGGAUUUGCAGGGGAUAGAGAAGAAAUCCAUGACAGUGUUAGAGAGUCUGGAUCAAAUCCUCAGUUCCAUAAUCAAUGAGAGGAAGUUGGUCUUGGCGACAGAAGGUGAGGCCAAAGAGACAAAGGACUUCCUGCAGAUUCUCCUAAAUCUCAACAAUAGUGGAGAUGAUGCUUCAUCAAUCACAGACAACCAGCUCAAGUGCAUUCUCAUGGACUGGUAUGUGUUUAUGCUGAAUUGUCCUGCCACAUAUGUGAUAUCUGAUCUUAAGUUGCUCAUUGUACACAUCAAACACCCAAUUACUUUGGACAACUCCAAUUGUGAAACUGAUUGAUAAUACUAACCAUAAGUUUCACACUUGGAACCAUUGAAGGCUUCAACUCACAGACAAUUUUCACAAUGGAAUCUAACAUUUAUCUUCUCAAUCUAGAUACAUUAAGGCAAGGCAACUUCUUCUUCGCUCCGCUUGAUUAAUUCUCAGAAUCACAUUUGCCUAACUCAUGCCCUAUAUGGAGAAUUUCUUUCUUCCAAAAACUUUUAAAUUUAUUUUAAUGGUCUUAGUGCUAGAACUUAAAGUGGGGGUUAAUUGCAUGGUUGGUCACUAAGAUUACAAAAAACGUUCAAGUUUGGUCACUCGAAAUAUUUAAAUCUAUUGGUUGUACUUCAGUUUACUGAAACCGUUCACGUUUGGUCACUCUCUAACCAAAUCCGUUAACUUUUGCUUACGUGGCGGUCAACUUCAAAAGUUGACCGUUAAAUGUGUGACGUGACAAUUUAAAACUAAUAAAAUUAAUAAAUUUAAAUUUUUUAA